GUAUCGAAAAGUGAAGUGGAAGCACCAGAGUGGGGAAGCACCAAGCGCCGCUAACGGCCCUCUACGUCCAUUGUGAACCAAUCAUCGGGACUGGAUCCUCGAGGUACAGUACCUACAUGUAUCCUCGACUUAGAUCUUUGAAUGCCUUGAUUUUUGUGUUCUCGAUUGAAUUGAAUUUCAGAUUUCAUUCAUGGAAUCAAAGGAUUCGUCGUCAUCACUCCCUGGGGGUUCCCCUUUGCAACCUUUGACCUCAGAAGAUGCACCAAUCAGGAACCCUUCUCCUCCACCGGAGGACAUCCUAACAGGAGAAGAUAAGACCUUACUGGAAGCUGACACCAUUCAAAACACCAUGUUUAGCAAACAUUGGGUGUUUUCGAUCCUUAUGAAAUUACUUCAGCAAGUUGAGAAAGAGCAGCAUUCACAGACGGAAGCUGAUGCUGCCGAAUUGCAUGAUGGGAUUGAUAUUGAUGAAGAGCUGGAGAAUGAACUGUGUCGUUUGUGGGAUAUGACUGCGAAUGUGGAAGUGGCCAAAUUCUUACAAGAGUGGAAGUCUCCAGACAUUUUCCUUAGCGUCAUUUCUAAGACAAAUGCUCCAAGAAUAACGGAGAUAUGCAUGGGUGUCCUUGGAAACAUGGCCUGCAGUUCUGAAAUACGGAGAGAAUUUAGCAAGAAUCAGCAACUCAUUGACCUUAGCUUUGGCUUGUUGAGUGGUAGCGAUGCUCCCACAAUGGUUGAAGCCUCUCGUCUCAUCUAUACAUGCCUCAACGAUGAAGAGAGCGCCUCCAAGUGGCUGGAAACGGUGAAGAAGGAUGGGGAUGUUCUCAAGAGCAUCACGUUUAUCCUACAAAGCUCAACAAACGGUGAUUUGAUCCACAAUGUAGCUGAUCUACUAGACCAGUUAUUGGACCUUGAUGAUGGUCUUCUGCAAGCAUGGUCCGGUCCUGUCCUCAUUCAAGCCAUUACCGAAGCUCUAAACCAAAUCAGUGGCGAUCAUGCAAACACCCUUUCUCUUCUUCAUCAUUCCCUCCAAGUAAUCUCUACAACUGACUCUGGAAUAAAUGCACUCGUGGAGUUAAGUGAGAAAGUCCAUCCUUUGGUAUCAUCUUUCAUCUCUGAUGUGUUUGAGGAUGGGGUCCUAUCAAUAAGAGGGAGAGAGAACACCCUCGCCUCCACCAUCUCCGUUCUCAGCAUCAUGGUAUUAAGGUCGAAGGACGUUAUCAAACAUCUGGUAGUAAAAGAAAGUAGAACAAUCAAACAGCUUACUGAGAUGCUUUAUGUCAUCCACCGUAAAGAGGCAUCGUCGUCACGGAAACCGUCCACGGAGGACGAGCAUCCGUCCGCUCCAUCAAACAGUGAACAAAAAGUGAAUGCAUCAACCGAUGAACAGGAACAGAAGCAGAUUGAUGCCAAAACUCAAAAUGAAGGAGGUGACGGAAUGACGCAAGGAGACGGUUGUCAUGGCGAUAGGAGUAACGAAGAGGACGACGAUGAGGAGAGAGUUUGGUUAACGGAGCUCUUGAAAGACCAGCUCAUUGAUUUCUUCUGUGCCACUCUACAGGUUGCCAAGGACGAAGACCUACAGGGCAAACUCCGUCAGUGUGGGAGUAAAAGACUGCAGGCCAUAGCAGACUGUCUUCCCGAUGACAGAAACGAUCUCCUAGACCUGAUGCAGGACAUUCAAGGAAAGACAUGAGCCAUUGCAUGUGUUUCAAGCUUGGUUACAGAGACUUGAAGGAAACUGUCAGGGAAAUUCAUGAGCUAUUUUUUCUUCUUAAUGAGGACUCUUGGUUCUCAAACUUUACAACUGGUGAAGACGGCCAUCAUUUAUUCAUGUCCAAUCAUCCUGGUGCUAGCGGGAAAUUCUUGAUGCAAGACAUUCAUCGAGGACUGAUGUUCUUUUGUGGUUGAUUCGCCUUGUUGCCAGUUGAAAUGACAGGGAUUUAAUGUAGGAUACCCAAUGCUGGACGUGAGCAAAUUCAUCUGUAUGAAGCAUGGUUACCAAGACUUGAAGGAAAACUGUGAGGGAAAGACAUGAGCCGUUUCAUCUGUUUCACGCAUGGUCACAAAGACUGAAAGAAAAUCGUCAGGGAAAUAUAUGAACUAUUAUUUCAUCUGAAUGAACGUGACACAAAUCAUGAAGACAGUAGUACUUUAUUCUUGUCCACUCAUUUUGUUGUUAAGGGAGAUUUCUUGAUGGAAGACAUUCAAGAAUUGUUCUCAAGCCACACAAACGUUGAAGAGUUACAAUUGAUCGGAGCAGUCGUAAGUCAUAACUCUUUGUACAACAGGGCCCUGAUGUCCUCUUGUGGUCAGUCGCCUUGUUCCAAGUCGAAAUAGUGUUAGAUGGAAUGGCAUGAGACCAAAUGGAGGUAAAGCACCAUGUUGUAUGUGAAAUUGACUUGAGGGA